AACCUCGUGCCUAAAAAUAUCCAAUUCCGUCCGUCAACAGAAUGGUUGGUCCCUGUCACAUAGAGGUGAAUGGCGCUAGCACGCCUCAACAUGCCGGCAUCAGGGCUUCAGGUGGAGUGAAUCCACGUGGGUUGUGUAGACACGGUAUUGAGGCCGAGGCUGAAAACUCCACACAGCCUCGUCUCGCAGGACUGAACAGGCAGUUCGUUUAGCUGCUGUUCACCACCAGGCCGCUUCUGACCAGACUGGAGUUACACCGUGUGUAAACAGCUAGAGAGAUGGUACACGAACGCUGGACCCACCACUUUGACUACCUGACUACACUCCUGGGCUACAGCAUCGGCGCUGGCACCUUCCUCAAGUUCCCAUACCUAUCAAUGCGAAAUGGGGGAGGAGCUUUCCUGAUCCCAUUUCUUCUAUUCACCAUCAUCGGGGCCAUCCCAUGUGUAUUCCUGGAGAUGGUCAUCGGCCAGUUCUCUCAGAGUGGCCCAGUACAAGUCUGGAAUGUGUGUCCUCCUUUUAAAGGUAUUGGUCUGGGGACGGUGUUCAUUUCCUGGACGUAUGCAACGUACAACGCUUCCAUAUUUGCGUGGUACCUGUACUACCUGGUGCACUCCUUCGCCGCUAACUUACCGUGGGCCCACUGCAACAACGACUGGAACACCGCCAGAUGCAUAUCACCGGGCGACUUCGCCAAUACAACGUCCAGCAACGACACUUGGUACGCCGAAAACGCCACUUCGGCUGUCUCGGCUGUAACUCUUCAUUCUUUAAAUGGCUCGGAGCCCGGAGUAACUGCUGCAGAGGAAUUCUGGAGGUACAAGGUGCUUGAGAUUACGAGCGGUUUGGACCAGAUAGGCGGCAUCAGAUGGCCAUUAGCAGGUUUCCUCGCAGUCGCCAUCCUGGCAGCAUUCCUCAGCGUCCUGUGGGGGAUCAAAGUAUCGGGGAAGAUUGUGUACAUCACCGUCAGCGUCCCGUACAUCCUCAACACCGUCUUCCUCAUCCGGGGCUGCCUACUUCCAGGAUCCGCUGACGGGAUCUAUUAUUAUAUAUAUCCCAACUUCGAGAAGCUGUUGUACCCAAGAGUAUGGUUGGAGGCCUGUGCCUAUUCCCUGUUUUCAAUGGGUAUUGGCAUGGGCUGUAUCAUAACGAUGUCAGGCCACAACAAAUUUAACAAUAACUGCCUCAGGGACUCAAUAGUCAUGUGCCUGGUGGACGCCAUAAGCUGCAUCUACGUCGGUUUCUCCGUGUUUGCUAUUAUCGGCCAUGUGGCCCACCAGCGAGGCUUGACCGUGGAGGACUUCCAGUCAUCAGGGUUCAACCUGGCCUUCAUAGUGUUCCCGGAGGUCGUGUCUGCUCUUCCCCUGCCACAGCUGUGGUCGGCCUUCACCUUCAUCAUGCUGGUUCUACUGCUGAUCGAUACCCUGAUACCUACGUAUGAGAUGGUGGUGACCGCCCUGACAGACCAAGUACCCAGCCUUGCACGGAGACGUUGGCUGGCAACCGUGCUGGUUCUGUCAGCUUCCGGCCUCGUGUCUCUGGUGUAUGUGUCCCAGGGAGGGAUCUAUGUGAUCACAUUGGUGGACUGGUAUGCAACAUUCCCAUCUUUAGCCCUGUUUGCCACAAUGGAGUGCAUAGCCAUUAGCUGGUGUUACGGCACAAAGCGGCUGGAAGACGACAUAGCCAAUAUGUGGGGUCGCGCCAUUCCUCGACACAUCAGCUUCUGCUUACGAUACAUUUCACCAACUCUCCUUCUGACUGUGUUUGGCUUCUCGCUGUAUUCAUAUCGCCCCCCACGGUACGGUGACUACACAUUCCCUGACUGGGCGACACUUGUGGGCUGGAUGAUCUCGGGGGCCUCCAUACUGCCCUUCCCGGUCUUCUUCAUAUGGACGGUGUACCGAACACACGGCGACACGAUAAAGGAGAAAUUCCAAAAGGCACUGAAACCGAGUCAGAAGUGGGGUUGUCAAGACGAGCUGGCCACUGAUGGCCCGGAAGUCCUCCAAACUAUGAUGAACACCAAGAUCUGAUAUGAUGAACACCAAGAUCUGAUGGGGACUCCUCAUUGUAUCACACACCGUCGUAUGCUGCUGGAUAACUACCGUCAAUUACAGUCUAUGCACUUUCUCCUAUCGGCGAACGAUGUUUCAAGAUCAAAUCCUAUGCCAACUUUAUGUCUGUGUUCAUAGUUGUGCAUUUACAUUUACAUGCUUAGAUGGGACAUUACGUAACCAAAAUUCAAUCAUUUAGCGUAUGGAUGGUUAAAGUUUCAUGCUAUUGAUAGCGAAGGAGAACCCAGGACUAUUUAUAUUUGACUGUCACUCGGCCAAGCUUUUAACGUUUUGAGAUGAGAUUGAAACUGUUAUAUACUAACCGUCAUAUAAGCACUGGUAUGAUCGAUCUAUGUGUUAGCACUACUACACUGCUUUAAUGCAUUCAUUCUUCACGUCCAAGUUCUGGAUUCGAGUACCUCGCACAGUUAUAUAAAGCCAAUGUUUCGUGCUCCCGUCGUGAUGUUGCUGGAAUAUUGUAAAGGCGACGUAAAGCCGUGCCCUCCCUGUAUUGUCCUGUCUCCGUCUCUGUGCAGAUCACUGGGUGAACCCAGGUUUCAUCGAGGAUAUACAUUUCUGUAUAACAGAAACGCGCAUAAUAAGGUUGGAAGUUCUUUCAUGAUCUCACGUGGUUUGAGCUUUCUAUGCAACUUAGUCUUGAGAAUUGCACCACUCCCAGUCAACCGAGCGUUCGACUCUGACCGACAUAUUGUUGAUUAUUUAAGUAGAUGUGAGCUAUCCAUAGUCCUGUUUUGGUCACGUAGUUUCCUAACGAAUCGAGCAACACCUCUCCUCCGUCAAUCUUCCUCAAAUUAUAAAAACAAUGCUUUCCAUUGUCAGACAUCUAACUCCGCUACGUUACCUCGUUGUAUAAAGAUGUGACGACAGUCUACAGAAUAUUCUGGAUGGCAUCGAAUUACAUGGAUAUGAAAGCGAAGCACGUACAGUGCCUUGUGCUCCCUAAAUAGUGUGUACAUAAGUUGGAACUGUAUUGAUUUAGGGUAUGAGCAUCGUGGACUUCCUGUGCCGUCGGAAGACCUUCGCUGUCAGACUGUGGGGAACCUGUUGUGGGGUUUGUAUUUUUAUAUGGGUUGACCUGGGGAGAGAGGCGUCUAUCUUAACAGCCAUUGUUACUAACUGCCAUGAAAUAGGCAGCCAUUGUUGAUACGUCAGGUAACUGAGAAGUUGUCCUUCAAUGGGAUCAUCUGUCAUAUAUACACUGAAAUGAAAUUAUCCGAAACCUCGUCAACACUUUUCUUGUCAUUCUAGAUUUCUUCAGUGUUAGCUUCGGUAAAUAAAGAAGUACUCCAGGCUCUGUGACUGCGAUAUCACCCUCGAUAUAUGGAAACAUUCAUGUGAAAUACCACUCGCUAAUUAAUGUACGUGAUCAUGCUCAAAUGGUGUGCUUCAUUUUCCCCUACAUGAGUUCCCUGACUCUAGCAGUGAGUCAUACACAUCGGCCUAGGACAUAUGCUACUCUAUCGCUAAGGAUCGCCGGGUAAUCUUCCAGCAUCUGUUGUAAUAACCAGAGGCAAUAUUGUGUAAAGACAUGUUUAAUGAAGUCCGUUGUCAAUGAAAAUAUACAACAUCUAACCAAUAAUCGGAUCAUCCGUCAAAAUUGUUUGAUAAUGAUCCUUUGCAAACCUUGAGUGGUAUGGGCGGAAACGUACCGUGCAGUCCUUAUCGCUCCCCAGUCCUUAUCUUAUCGACAAGCAUGUCAAUAGAAACAAUUGAUAGUAAACCAAUGCAGUUGCUCGCUGUUGAACCUAACGUUGGACACGUUCUGAGAACAUCCGCUUUUCGUGUUUUUCGGGAAGUAAUUGCUGAAACCAAAUGUAACACUGCUUGGAUCCAUUCUACAACGUUACAAGGUGGACAUGGCUUUCUCACGGUUCUAUUGUACACGAGUUUGACUCUUCUGCAUAUUGACCAUUUUACAAGUGUGUGACCUUCAACUUAUACUCGUGUGAGCCUUCUUUGAUAAGACGUUUCGAGGUCAACUGAGCCCAACGGAUCAUUCUUUUUUCGUCCUCUUGUUUCAAAGCAGUUAACGUAUUCUAUAUCUUGUAUAUCUGUACUGAGCUGACAAACACUGUAGGAUUAACACGCAAGUCAUUAACCGAGCAGCGUACAAGCUGCUUUACCUUGGAUAUGGUAACUUGGCACUUCCUGACAUGAACAGCAAUAAAGUCUGCGAAUACA